GAAACCAUAACACUCAACCAGUCGACCACCACUUUUCUCAACAUUCUUACCUUCUGAUCUGAGAACAAAUUCAAUGGCUGCUUCCACCAUGGCUCUCUCCUCCCCUUUCGCCGGACAAGCAGUGAAAACAGCUCCCUCUGGAUCCGAGCUUUUAGGAAACGGGCGGGUUUCAAUGAGGAAAACCACAUCUGCAAAGAAGGUUGCACCAUCAGGAAGUCCAUGGUACGGACCCGACCGAGUCAAGUACCUAGGCCCGUUCUCCGGUGAAGCCCCAUCAUAUCUCACCGGUGAAUUCCCCGGUGACUAUGGCUGGGAUACCGCCGGACUUUCAGCUGACCCAGAAACAUUCUCAAAAAACCGUGAGCUUGAAGUCAUCCACUGCAGGUGGGCCAUGCUCGGAGCUCUUGGGUGCGUCUUCCCAGAGCUCUUGGCUCGUAAUGGUGUGAAAUUCGGUGAGGCUGUUUGGUUCAAGGCAGGAUCACAGAUCUUCAGUGAAGGUGGGCUUGAUUACUUGGGAAACCCUAGUUUGAUCCAUGCUCAGAGUAUUCUAGCCAUCUGGGCAACCCAAGUGAUCUUGAUGGGUGCGGUUGAAGGUUACAGAAUUGCAGGUGGACCCUUGGGUGAGGUUGUUGACCCGCUUUACCCUGGUGGUAGCUUUGACCCGUUAGGGCUUGCUGAUGAUCCAGAGGCUUUUGCUGAGUUGAAGGUGAAGGAGAUCAAGAAUGGAAGACUUGCUAUGUUCUCCAUGUUUGGCUUCUUUGUUCAAGCCAUUGUUACAGGAAAGGGACCAUUGGAGAACCUUGCUGACCACCUUGCUGAUCCCGUUGCCAACAAUGCUUGGUCUUAUGCCACAAACUUUGUACCCGGAAAGUGAAUGUAAUGAAAUUUUUAUGUAAAUUAAUUAAUUAAUAUAUGGUUUUAGUGGGCAUCA